CGGGCCCCCGCCUCCCGGAGCCCGGAGCUGCGGGAGCGGAGCCGGGGUUAGCGGCGCUGCUGGAAGAUGGCGAGCGGCUGGGACGCGCGGCCGCCCUGGCGGCCGGGGCGCCUCCCGCUUCUGCUGUGCCUGCUCCUGCUGCUGCUGCGGAACCCGGCCCGGGCAGCGCACAUCAAGAAGGCGGAGGCAACGACAACGACGACCAGCGCGGGCGCCGAGGCGGACGAGGGCCAGUUCGACCGCUACUACCACGAAGAGGAGCUGGGCUCGGAGCUGAGGGAGGCGGCGGCCGCGGGGCCCCCGGGCCUGGCGCGCCUCUUCAGCAUCGGCAACUCGGUGGAGGGCCGGCCUCUGUGGGUGCUGCGCCUCACCGCCGGCCUGGGGCCGCCGCCUCCUGACGGCGAAGCGGGGCCCGACGCGGCGGGGCCGCUCCUGCCGGGCCGGCCGCAGGUGAAGCUGGUGGGCAAUAUGCACGGCGACGAGACCGUGUCGCGCCAGGUGCUGAUCUACCUAGCCCGCGAGCUGGCGGCUGGCUACCGCCGCGGAGACCCGCGCAUCGUCCGCCUGCUCAACACCACCGACGUGUACGUGCUGCCCAGCCUCAACCCCGACGGCUUUGAGCGCGCCCACGAGGGCGACUGCGGCCUCAGCGACAGUGGCCCCCCCGGGGCCAGCGGUCGCGACAACAGUCGCGGUCGUGACCUCAACCGCAGCUUUCCCGACCAGUUCAGCACCGGCGAGCCCCCUGCCCUGGAUGAAGUGCCAGAGGUGCGCGCCCUCAUGGACUGGAUCCGCAGGAACAAGUUUGUGCUUUCUGGAAAUCUGCAUGGUGGCUCUGUGGUAGCAAGCUAUCCUUUUGAUGAUUCUCCAGAACAUAAGGCCACUGGAAUCUAUAGCAAAACCUCAGAUGAUGAAGUCUUUAAAUACUUGGCAAAAGCCUAUGCAUCAAACCAUCCCAUAAUGAAAACUGGUGCACCUCAUUGUCCAGGAGAUGAAGACGAAACUUUCAAAGAUGGGAUCACAAACGGCGCACACUGGUAUGACGUGGAAGGUGGCAUGCAAGAUUACAAUUAUGUAUGGGCCAACUGUUUUGAGAUCACAUUAGAACUGUCUUGUUGCAAGUACCCCCCUGCUUCACAGCUUCGACAAGAAUGGGAGAACAAUCGUGAGUCUUUGAUCACAUUGAUUGAAAAGGUCCACAUUGGAGUUAAAGGAUUUGUUAAAGAUUCAGUAACGGGAUCUGGCUUAGAGAACGCAACCAUCUCAGUGGCUGGUAUUAAUCAUAAUAUCACAACAGGCAGAUUUGGUGAUUUCCACAGAUUACUUGUUCCUGGAACUUACAACAUUACAGCAGUUUUAACUGGGUAUAUGCCACUGACUAUUAAUAACAUAAUAGUGAAAGAAGGACCAGCCACAAAGGUGAAUUUUUCCCUUCGGCCAACUGUGGCUUCAAUAAUCCCUGACACAACUGAGAUGGUAGUAACCGCUAGCACAGUUGCUCUGCUUAAUAAUCUUCCUGGAACCCAGUCCUUACACCAGCCAAUUCAGCCAAAGGACUUUCAUCACCACCAUUUCCCUGAUAUGGAAAUCUUCCUGAGAAGGUUUGCCAAUGAAUAUCCUAACAUCACCCGGCUUUAUUCUUUGGGAAAAUCAGUAGAGUCAAGAGAACUUUAUGUAAUGGAGAUAUCUGAUAACCCAGGUGUCCAUGAACCAGGUGAACCGGAAUUUAAGUACAUUGGAAAUAUGCAUGGAAAUGAAGUGGUUGGACGAGAACUGCUGUUGAACCUCAUUGAAUACCUUUGUAAGAACUUUGGAACAGACCCUGAAGUGACGGAUCUAGUUCUCAGCACUCGAAUUCACCUUAUGCCAUCCAUGAAUCCUGAUGGGUAUGAAAAGGCCCAGGAAGGAGAUUCCGUGAGUGUAAUUGGCAGAAACAACAGCAACAACUUUGACCUGAACCGAAAUUUCCCAGACCAGUUCUUUCAGAUCACAGAUCCUACCCAACCAGAAACUAUUGCUGUAAUGAGCUGGAUGAAGUCCUAUCCAUUUGUACUGUCAGCAAACCUGCAUGGAGGUUCUUUGGUAGUGAACUACCCUUUUGAUGAUGAUGAACAAGGGCUUGCCACAUACAGUAAAUCACCAGAUGAUGCUGUGUUUCAACAAAUAGCACUUUCUUAUUCAAAGGAAAAUGCCCAGAUGUUUCAAGGUAGACCCUGCAAGAAUAUGUACCCUAAUGAAUACUUUCCUCAUGGAAUAACAAAUGGAGCUAGUUGGUAUAACGUCCCAGGUGGUAUGCAGGACUGGAACUAUUUACAAACAAAUUGCUUUGAAGUGACUAUUGAGCUAGGUUGUGUGAAAUACCCAUUUGAGAAAGAUCUGCCAAAAUUUUGGGAACAGAAUCGAAGAUCUCUAAUCCAGUUUAUGAAACAGGUUCAUCAAGGUGUCAAAGGAUUUGUCCUAGAUGCCACGGACGGCAGGGGUAUAUUAAAUGCCACCAUUAGUGUUGCUGAAAUUAAUCACCCAGUGACUACUUACAAAACUGGAGAUUACUGGCGUCUCCUGGUUCCAGGAACUUAUAAGAUCACAGCAUCUGCUCGAGGGUAUAAUCCAGUUACCAAGAAUGUGACUGUAAAGAGUGAAGGUGCUAUUCAGGUCAACUUCACACUUGUUCGAUCGUCAGCAGAUUCAAACAAUGAAUCAAAGAAGGGAAAGGGGGACAGCACCAACACCGAUGAUGCCAGUGAUCCAACCACUAAAGAGUUUGAAACUUUAAUUAAAGACCUUUCAGCCGAGAAUGGUUUGGAAAGCCUCAUGUUACGGUCCUCCUCAAAUCUGGCUCUUUACCGAUACCACUCGUACAAAGACUUAUCAGAGUUUCUGAGAGGACUUGUGAUGAACUACCCACACAUCACAAAUCUCACCAAUUUGGGACAGAGUUCCGAAUAUCGUCACAUCUGGUCCCUUGAGAUCUCCAAUAAGCCCAACAUAUCUGAACCCGAAGAACCAAAGAUCCGUUUUGUUGCUGGUAUCCAUGGAAAUGCUCCAGUCGGAACUGAACUGCUUUUGGCUCUGGCGGAAUUUCUCUGCCUAAACUACAAAAAGAACCCAGCUGUUACUCAACUGGUUGACAGGACUAGAAUUGUGAUUGUCCCAUCUCUAAAUCCAGAUGGGCGAGAGAGGGCACAAGAGAAAGACUGUACUUCAAAAAGAGGACAGACAAAUGCUCAUGGCAAAGACUUGGAUACAGACUUCACAAAUAAUGCUUCCCAGCCUGAGACUAAAGCAAUCAUUGAAAAUUUGAUUCAAAAACAGGACUUCAGUCUUUCUGUUGCAUUAGAUGGUGGUUCAGUGCUGGUCACAUACCCGUAUGACAAACCAGUACAAACAGUGGAAAACAAAGAGACUCUGAAGCAUUUGGCAUCUCUUUAUGCAAAUAAUCAUCCAUCCAUGCACAUGGGUCAGCCCAGUUGCCCAAAUAAAUCAGAUGAGAAUAUCCCAGGAGGCGUAAUGCGUGGAGCAGAAUGGCACAGUCACCUGGGCAGCAUGAAGGAUUAUAGUGUCACCUAUGGCCACUGUCCGGAAAUCACAGUGUACACGAGCUGCUGCUACUUUCCCAGUGCAGCACAACUCCCUUCCUUGUGGGCAGAAAAUAAAAAAUCUCUUCUUAGCAUGUUGGUGGAGGUCCACAAGGGAGUUCAUGGUUUUGUUAAAGAUAAGACUGGAAAACCAAUUUCUAAAGCAGUCAUUGUACUCAAUGAAGGAAUAAAGGUACACACAAAAGAAGGGGGCUAUUUCCAUGUACUGUUAGCCCCAGGCGUCCAUAAUAUCAACGCCAUCGCUGAUGGGUAUCAGCAACAACAUUCACAGGUCUUUGUGCAUCAUGAUGCAGCUAGUUCUGUGGUAAUAGUCUUUGACACAGAUAACCGGAUAUUUGGUUUGCCAAGGGAGCUUGUGGUAACUGUAUCAGGUGCCACCAUGUCAGCGUUGAUCCUAACAGCUUGCAUUAUUUGGUGCAUCUGCUCAAUCAAGUCUAACAGACAUAAGGAUGGCUUUCAUCGGCUCAGGCAGCAUCAUGAUGAGUAUGAAGAUGAAAUUCGCAUGAUGUCAACAGGCUCCAAGAAGUCCCUCUUAAGCCACGAGUUCCAGGAUGAAACAGACACUGAAGAGGAAACCUUAUAUUCUAGCAAACAUUGAAACAGACCUCGCACAUCUCCCAGCAUAAGUACCCAGCAAAAUUACAGUUCCUUUUGGGAGACACUGCAUUCAGAAGAAAGACUCUCUUGCUUCUUCAAAGAGCUUUGGGAAGUUAACUUGCUAAAUUUGUAUUCUCUGUGAAUUUGGCUGGCGGUUUUGAACUUCCCCUCCUUUAAGUACUGUUACCUUAAAAAAAAAAAAAUCUGCUUUCUAUUUAUGCAGCAGAGAUGGGACAGCCACUUUGUUUUUCUUUUUAAUUUAAGAUGAGCUGUUUGGAGCUUACGUUAUAACUGCAUAAAGCCACUUGGAUCUUAUAUUUUGCACAUCAGGUGUUUACUAGUGGCUUUAGCUUUUUUAUUUUAAAUGGCCAAAAGAAUCCAGAAACAUUUAGGCAGGGACAGCAGUCAGAAUCUGACAUAAAGCUUUAAAAACUCAAGGUUUCUCAACCUACUGAGAAGUACUUUUCUCUAGUUAUUAAGCAGCUGGAGUUUCUCUUAUUAUUCAGGUUUAAUGGAGGCUGAAUUGAUUUUUAAAUAUAUAACAUUAGGAAAUGAAUACAUGGGCUUCCGCAUUUGGCUUUCUACUUGUUCCAAGGUUAGAUCAGAACUGGUGGGCAGUGCUCUAAGCGGGACUUCACUACCUCUCUUAUAAGGUUUGGCAAAGUUCUAAUACCCCCAUUUUACGGGAGAACUUGUUGACUUUGUUGUAAAAGAUCUAAAUGUCCAUUUGAAUAGAACUGAGAGGGAGAUCUACCAAAAGCUAAAACUCGUGCGGCAUAUCUUUUAACUUGGUAAAAUCCCACAGGUGCUGCUGCUUUUUAUCUGUGAAGCACUAGUUUAUUCUAGGAAUGCCUAAUUCUUUAAUAUUUCCUAAAUUUGAAACUUUUUCUGUGUUGUACACUUAUGGCUUUCAGAUGACCCGGCAAUGUACAAGAUCUGAAUUCUACUGAAAAUAUCUGGAAGUGUGGAAGAGACCUACUUGCACGUCCUUAACCUACAUUUGAACACAAAAUAACUACAGUUCAUGCUCCAGUUCAAGCCUACGGAUAUCCUACUGUUACUGAAAUAGCUUGGCCAGUCUUAUUCAUAUAGGUCUCUGCAAGUGAUUGGGUUCUUUGUCCUAAUGUUUCAUUUGGCAGUCUCUUUUUGAUCAACCAAUUUUGUUAAAAGUUCAAUUGAAAGCAUUUAAAUAUGGCUCCCUCCAUUAAAAGAAAAUGUAAACUGUGAAAAUGUAAACUGUGGAUUGCCGUGUGCUGUAACACUGUGGUGAGAAAGUAUCAUCUUCACUGCCAGUCAGGUUAUUGCAAAGACCUGAAAGAUUUGCAUUUUAUUGUGUCUGUCAUAUCAUGCUAUUCAAUGGAAUUGAUGCUUUUUUUAAGUAUGAGUCUUACCAAUGAUCUAAUGGUUUAAUACCUUUGAAUGUUUUUAGUGGCCAACUUGCUGCUGAGUUUGUACUAAAUCAGGGGAUCAAAAAACUUGCUCUCAUCUUUUCAAAUUGUAUUCUAUAUCCAUUAAUGUAUCAGUCAUCCCAAAGCCUUCCUCUGGAGUGGUUUACCACCCAUGUAGGUCAUUCCACGUUUUGUGAGGAAUGCACCCGAAGUGGCUUUAUAGAAAGAGAUUUGGCUAAGCAGGAAUAAUGAGGUCACGAUAUUUGUUAGUAUCUGCCAUAAAUUUGGGUGGUUCAAGGUUAAGCCAUUCUGGUAUUAAUCCUAUCAUUAACAACUCUAAAUUUUGAGCCCUUGCCACCCCAUUUUCACCUGACCACAUACACAGAACAGCUAAUGCUUCAUGAAAUAUAUGUGGUUUAACUUCUUCUAAUAAUACUUUACAUUUUCUUUAAGGGGAUGAUGUGGUGGCAUUGCUCUUUUGAGCUUUACUUUUAAGAGCGCAAAGUCAGAAAACCAACAAGGCCAGAAUGGCUGGCCCUGGUUGGGACAUUGCAGGUGGAAAUGAAACAAAGUUGAUAUGACAGCCUUUACUUUUUUAGCAUUGGUCUUCAGUAGAGGGUGCCUUUUAAAUUCAUUUCUCUUUUGAGUUAAACAUAUCUUUAACUGUACAUCACAGUGGCUGGAGUCCAUGCCUUUUAAGCAUGUAUAAAAAUUUUUUAGAAAUGAACAUACAAAUAGUUCUUUUAGUAAUUUUUCCUGAAAGUAAAACCAAAUUCUGCUAUAAAUCUUGAAUCUUUAAUGAAUUUCUAAAUAAUGCAUUGCUCUGGAAAAUAAGACCUUCUCAGCCUGUGUUACCUAUGAACAUGAAUGUAUAGGAUCAUGACUACUAAGAUUGUGUUCUCGGCCCUGCUUUGUUUUUUAUUUGUGGAUCUAAUCUUAGACCACAUUAACUGCUUAAGGCAUUGAAGCCAUAGGGGAUAGGGAAUGCAUUUCUUCAGUGUUUCUCCUAGAGACUUUCCAUUUCCCUGGAGUCAUGGAGGCAAGUAAGUAUCACAGUAUUAAGGAAUUUGCCCAAAUCUGAGUUGUGCCUUUCUUUCCUCACAAGGCAUGUUUUUGUCCUGGUGAUCAGUUUGUAAGCCUUCUUCCCUCCCAACUCCUUAAUAAAGGCAAAGUGAUUGAGUAGGUAAUGUUCAAAGUGUCUGCCUGUGUAAAUGUACUUGUUAAUGUACGGUUAAUGCAGUUCCAUAAGAUGAACUCAAGUUAAUUUCAGAAGGAGAGACCUUUUGGUUUUGCUGUAUUUCACUGAACACUUGCAUAGUGUUUGGGAUUCCAUCCAGUUGAGGAAUGCUUGCAAUUUUCAUUGGAGGGAAUUUGCUUUGGGACUUUGUCAUCCUCCAGAAAGGAAACGUAAUGUAUAUUCGGCCCAGUAUGAUUGAUUGGUUAAUCUUUGGUAACUUUCACCUGGACGGCAUUUGCUGAAUUAAUGAAUAUUGAACUUAAAACUAAUUAUGAGUUGACAAAUAAAUAAAAGGUAGUCGUAUGCCUCAGCUUAUUGUGUUUCUGAGCUAAUACCAGGUUACUCAGUAACCAUGACUUGCUCCCCUAUAUCCAUUUAUUCUCAAUAGUAAAUAGUUUUCUCGUCUUGUUGCCAGAAAUGCACUUGUGCUAGGUUUUGUCCCUGCUGUAUUAAAAGCUUCUUGGCUAUGAAUGCCGUAAUGGUGCCCUGCCUUAUGGUUCUCUGAUAGAAUUGUUUUCAACAAUAGCAACUUUAUUGUUACUACAAAAAAUUCGACCGUGGUUGAUGUUCAGUGAUUUUCUAUCUAGAAACUUUUUGGUAGCUCUUUGAGUUUCUGAUUUGUUUUAACUAAAGCAGACUCUUUGGGGGUGGUUAGGGCCCUUGAUUAAUGUCAACUAAACUUGGAUUUACCGUUCAUGAAGAAAUAUCUCCCAACACCCAUUUCUCCAAUUUUUAGCAUUGAUUAAUUAAUAUUCCAUUUGAUUUUCAGAAUAUUGUCCUAGUUGAUUUUGAUUAGACAGAACAUAUUAUGAAAUUGAAACUAGGCUACCAUCUUAAGGCAAUUGGAUAUAAAUUAUGCAAAUAUGUAUGAUUAUGACUUUUAUAAAUGGCGUAACAUGAGUGUACUGGCUACGCUGUAUGCUGGCCAUGCUGCAGAUUUUCGGAGGUAGGACAUAAUGGUAUUUUUUUUAUGCUCAGAGUAAAAAUCAACUUUUCGCCUCUUUGUUUUUCCAGAGUGACAUUCCCAGGCUCCAGAACAAUUCUAUAGCUAUUCAUAUGAGGUGCCCAACACUCAUUCAUCUCAAGUGCUUCAGUCUUGGUUUAUCUCAUGCACUGUGCCUUCAAAAUGAAAUUUUUAAAAGGGACUUUAAAUGAAGUUGAAUAGUAGUUUUAAAAAAGUCAAUCUGUGUAAUUUAUGUGAAAUCUAAUUGUAAUGAGGUCCUUUCUGUUUUUUAUAUGUAAACAGAUCUACUAAUCCUGUAUAAAGGUUAUUUUAUGA